CCCAACAAACACUCGCAUCGGGUCCUAUUCUAUAUACUAAAUAGCAUACCUUGAGGCUUGAGGACCCAUUUCGUGGAUUCCUUCCUACUUGCAAGCGCAAUUUCCAUUUACGCCCUCUCUUUCUUCUUCAUAUUUCUCUCUCCUAAUCUCUCUUUCCCCAGCUUUAUCUGCGUACGUAUUCUGUUACUGCUGCAAACCUCAUAAAAACUGCUCGAUUUGUUUUAGUAAUGUGGUGAUGGGUUCCUGUUUUUGAUGAACAUCACUACCCCCAUCAUGGAUUCUUGCUCUUUUGAAGGGUUUGUUCUUGAUCCAUCAAAGUGCAAUAAAUUAAGCAUGGAAGAAAAAAGAGAAAUUGUAUAUGAAGUAUCCGAAUGGUCCCACGGAGCACCCGAGCUCCUACAAUCUUGGAGCCGUCAAGAAAUUCUCCAAAUCCUAUGUGCAGAAAUGGGAAAAGAACGAAAGUACACAGGUCUCACAAAGUUGAAAAUCAUAGAACACCUUCUAAAAAUAGUAUCUGAAAAGAGAUCAAUAGAUGAAGAACAUGAAACCACAAUGAAUCUUGAAUCAUCUGAAAAUGGUGGAAGUCAUCAAAGGGCUACAAAAAGACAUAGGAAAUCGGAACACCCGAAUUGUUUGAUUUCAACCAACAAUCAUAAUUCUUUAAUUGAUGUUGUUGAUUUGGAUUUGGUUGAUGAUAAUGUGGAGUUUUGCAAGAAUUCUGCUUGUAGGGCUAAGUUAGGUCAAAAUGGGGGGUUUUGUAAGAGGUGUUCUUGUUGUAUUUGUCGUGAAUUUGAUGAUAAUAAGGAUCCGAGUUUGUGGUUGAUUUGUAGCUCGGAUCCUCCGUUUCUCGGGAGUUCUUGUGGGAUGUCGUGUCAUCUUGAAUGUGCUUUGAGACAUGAGAAAUCUGGGAUUCCAAAAGAUGGGGUGAAUCGAGGACUUGAUGGGAAUUUCUCUUGUGUUUCUUGUGGUAAAGUGAAUGAUUUACUUGGAUGUUGGAGAAAACAAAUGAUGAUAGCAAGGGACACUAGGCGGGUUGAUAUCUUGUGUUACCGUGUUUCCUUAACUCAAAAACUCUUGGCCGGGACCCACCGCUACAAAAAACUUAAUGAAAUUGUAAAUGAAAUUAUGGAGAAGCUAGAAGCAGAUGUGGGCCCGUUGACUGGUUUGCCAGUCAAACGGGCCAGAGGAAUAGUCAACAGACUUUCCUUGGGACAAGAGAUUCAAAAGUUAUGUGCUUUUGCAGUCGAAUCUGUAGAUUCGGUUUUAUCCGGCGUGAUAUUUAAUGAUUCCAGCAUCUUGACACCAAUUAUAAGAUUCGAAAACAUCUCCCCAACAUCAGUUUCCAUAAUUUUAGGUUCCCAAGAUCAAUCUUUCAUCAAUAAUUUCAAAACACAUCGAUACAUAAUGUGGCACCGAAAAACCCUAGAUUCAGAAUACCCUUUAAAACCCACAUGCACAUUAUUUACACAAACUACCACCAAAUUCCUUCUCUCAAAUCUAACUCCAUCCACUCAAUACAUUCUAAAAGUCGUUCAUUUCGAAAGCACACGCGAAUUGGGCACCUCUGAAAUCGAAUUUCAAACAGCCGAAGAUGAAAAAACUCACACAAAUCAAAGUCCACCGACGAAUUCCAGCAGCCUUUCGAAUCCUUCAUCUGUUGAAGAUGAAAACAACACCAUUGUUGCUUAUAAAAAGAGCGAAAAGCAGAAAGAGAAAGAGGUCGUGAUUGAUACUGAUAUAAACAUCAUCAAGAACUGUAAAGAUUUUGACCCUUUUGUCCCUACUACUUCCGCUAAAUUACCCAUUACGCCCUCGAAGAAAGAAACCCUAAAAGCAUCAGAGAAGGUUAAUAAUCUUGACGAUGAAUCUGAGGAGGAAAAACAGCAGCAAGAUGGUAGUUCUUCGAAGAAGAUAAAUGGGGAAGAAGGAGAUGAUCGGGAUUUUGGGUAUUAUGUGAAGGUGAUAAGAUGGUUGGAAUGUGAAGGGCAUAUAGAUACGGGAUUUAGGAAGAAAUUUCUUACGUGGUAUAGUUUAAGAGCGAGUAAACAGGAGGUUAGAAUCGUCAAAGUGUUUGUGGAUACUUUAAUGGAGGAUCCAUCGUCACUUGCAGGACAGCUUGUGGAUACUUUUUCUGAUGUGAUUACAGGGAAGAGGUGUUCUUCAUCUGGGCUUUGCUUAAAGCUUUUCCACUGAAUUGAAAAGGUCUAAUCUGGAUUAUUCAUAAAGGAUUAAACGGUAACUAUUUAAGUUAUUGAUUUAGACUAAAAUCAUUCAAAUUCGAUAUUGUUAUUGUUGGCUAAUCUUUAUUGAUAUUUAUGGAUGCGAGUUUGUAAAUACGUAUAAUAAUUAUAUACAUGAAUUUGUGAAUGUGGUCUAU